AUGAUUUUCUUCCCCAUUUUUCUUACUGUACUUCUCGCAACCGUCAAAAACGUCCAAAGUGCAUACGAACACUAUACCGAAUUCAUUUUCAAAGCGAAUCUAACUUGUUCAUAUCCCGGAAGAGCAUUGUAUUACAUUCAAUUCAUUCAUAAAUAUUACAAUUGGUUUUAUCCAAAUGAUGACCUGUCGGUGAAACAAAAAGAUUGGAUUUUUGGGCAAACUGUGAAUCCAGAAAAAACAUAUUAUGGUACUAUGCUUCGAAACAGAGAGCGAAUGCCUGUCGCAUUUGAUAUGACACAUAAUUGUACAUCGAAUGGUGACCGUUAUGAUGUUCGAGUAUAUUUUGGGAAACAUUGUAGGCCCAAGCAUUACAACGUGUGUUAUGUAGAUUUCGAUUUUGAUUUCACGGAUGCUAAUGAUGUUAGAUAUAUUGAUCAGAAAAAUGAUUAUGGAUAA